UACCUAGUACACCCAGACCCGCAGCCACUCCACCCGACGGACUUUUCAAUCAACACCGCAUCCACUGAGCAUCCCCAGUGAUAACGAGACGAUGAGUUCGGCCGGAUGCCCCGCUACUGUGCGCAAAGCCGUGUGGUCAGCAGAAUCUGUGAAGGCCAUACUGGAGGCGGCGGAAUUUAGACGGGGCGGUGGUGGUUUGGAGCACUCGGAGAAGCCACGGCAGCCCGGGGAGUGGGUGCCCGAAGCACUGGUUGCGAGUACGCAGUGGACACCGAUGCCGGCGGAGACGCGCUCCAAGGGGUUGGCUGGGAGGUGGACGGACGAAUCGACGACGGACAAGGUGCCAGAAUCGGGGCUUGCCGUACAGGGCGGCGAUAUCGGCCGGGAGCAAAGAGUCUAUCGAUGCGCCGACUGCGACAGAGGCUUUCGGGACAACACCACACUGGUCGUUGGUGCCGCCGGGCACCGCGCACCCCGAACGACCGAGGCGCAGACGACCGCCACCACUGCCGCCGACUUCGAUAUCCUCGAGGAAGUCAUGCAUGGUGGGGGUGACCUGAUCGUCGAGACAGCAACCGAAGAUGGCAAGAAGCUUGGAUACCGCGUGGGAUCCCAGAUACUUUGCGCAGCAUCACCGGUCUUUCGCGCGAUGCUAGGGUGUGGGACGUUGCCUGAGGAGGCCGUUAAUGUCCGACAGCCUGCGGCUAUCGGCGAACUCCUACCAGCCGUAAUCAAGUUGGAGGGCGACGUCGAGGCACUUGGACGGGUGUUGAGGGUGCUGCACUACCGCUACGACCUGACAAACGAGGAUAUCAGCUUCACGCAGUUUGUCAAAAUCGCCGAGAUCUGUCAUAGGUACGAACUGCGUGGGCCGUUACAGCCAUUGGCGGAUAGCCUUACGGAGUCGCCGGACCUACAGCACAAUGUGGGGGAAAUCGGAUAUGAGGAUUGUGUACUGGUCUCUUAUGUGUUCGGAUACGAAGAGCUCUUUGCAAAUUCCACUGUGCACGAUGUGAUUAUGCGGCGGUCCAACGAAGGAUUGCUUUCUGAUCAGAACCGACGACUCUCUGCCAGUACCCCUUCCGGUGUAAUUGAACAAUUAAAGUUUGAGCUUCAUGCCCGGUUGAAUGCCCCCUAGACGCACAUUAAAGCUCUCAAAACCGCAUGGAGUAACCAGAGCUUAGUUAUAUGUAAGGAGGCUUCGGACAACAUGCAGUGUCAAGCGCUCGGGCUGGGGAACCUCACAACGACAAUCACCAAAUUGAAACUUAACAAAAUGGAAUUCUGGCAAGGCGACUUGUACGGUAUCAUCUCUUCCCUCAGGGGCAUUAACCCUCUUUCCCUAGGCUCGCAUGGAGGAUGCGACUGGG